AUGGUUUGGCAGCCCCUCAACCUGACGGAGCUAUGUCCGCCCUCCACCCCUGUGUCGGCGUGCUCCGGCUUCGGCUACAUGUACCUCAGCCUGCUGGUGCAGCUGUACGGCGGCUCGGCAGAUCAGGAACGCCAGCACCUCUGCGACCGCGAGGCCGAACCCACCAGGCGCGACCACAGGGAGUACGACUUCAUAGUGGUGGGCGCUGGCGCGGCGGGCUGCGUUGUCGCCAAUAGACUCACAGAGAACCCUAAAUGGAAGACUUGUUCCGUUUGUCGCCAGGUGUUGUUGCUGGAGGCGGGGCCGGAAGAGCCCGACGUGACGAAGGUGCCCGGUUUCUUUACCGUGCUGGCCGGCUCCAACAUCGACUGGAAGUACGUCUCGGAGCCCAACGGCAAGAGUUGCCUCGCGUUUGAUGGAUCGAGAUGUGGCUGGCCGCGGUACGUCUGUCACGAGAGGCCGUACAGGCUACUUGGCUUUAUACUACAUUGCUGGUGUAAAGCAAUGGGCGGCUCCAGCUCCAUCAACGCCAUGGCGUACGUCCGAGGACACAGGGCCGACUACGACGAGUGGGCUCGUAUGGGCAACGACGGCUGGAGUUAUGACGACGUGAGUAGCGUUCCUUACACUUCCAAUAAAUAUGUACUACCUUUCUUCAAAAAAUCCGAACUGAAUAUGAACAAAUACGACGUGGACAGUGAAUACCACGGCGUCAGAGGGGAACAGUACGUGUCCUGGCUGCCCUACACCGACGACCCGGCGCAAAUGUUGACGGAAGCUUUCAACGAAGCGGGCACACCUCACCUCGAUUUCAAUGGAAGAACGCAACUGGGCGCCAUGCAAGCGCAAACUACCUCAGUCGACGGCGAGCGUAUAUCAACCAAUGCCGCUUUCAUUAGACCCAUCAGAAACAAACGACCAAAUCUCACCGUCUUACCCAAUGCGCUGGCCACUAAAAUACUUAUAGAUAGAAGAAAGAACGCUUAUGGAAUUAUUUACGAGAAAGACGGCAGGAAGUUUACGGCGUACGCCAAAAAAGAGGUGAUCCUCAGCGCAGGAGUGGUCGAAUCACCGAAGCUGUUGAUGUUAUCAGGCAUAGGGCCGAGAGAACACUUACAAAGCUUAAAUAUUCCUGUUAUAAAAGAUUUGGCAGUCGGAGAGAAUCUACAAGACCAUGUUUCUUUUAAUGGCAUGGUGGUCGCGAUAUUGAAUGGUACGAAAGUCAGUGAUGACCAAAUCAUGACCCACGUCCGCGAUUAUCAUGAAAUGUCAUCCAAAUCGGGUCCACUCACCGGCCUCGGUCCGAUAAUGUCCGCGUCGUUCAUCAAAACCGAGCCGCAUCUGUGCGCUCCUGAUCUACAAUACCAGGCGAACCACGUUCCGAACUGGAGAGAGUUCCUUCAAGAUCCAAUAACUGCAGAGAAGGUCCCGAUCAUGCCUUGCGCGUUCUACGACGCAGUGGUACCUAGAAUUAUGAAUUUGGUGCCAAAAAGUAGAGGCAGGCUUCUUUUGAACAAAGAUGAUCCACACGGACCACCGAUUAUCCACUCCAAUUACCUCGGCGACGAUGAAGACAUAAUACCUCUGAUGAAGGGUAUCCGCUUCUUGCUAUCUCUAGAAAAAACGGAAGCUUUCAGAAAGCGGGGAGCGUAUUUCGUGCGGGAGAACAUGCCGCACUGCCGGCAACACGAGUGGGGCACAGACGACUACUUCCUCUGCUUGAUCAGACAGUACACCUCCACGACGCACCACCAGGUCGGCUCCUGCAAGAUGGGCCCCUGGUGGGACGAGAAGGCAGUCCUAGACAGCGAGCUGCGAGUGUACGGCGUCAACAAGUUGCGAGUGAUCGACGCGUCCAUGAUGCCGGUGGUCAUUCGCGGGAACACCAACGCCCCAUCCAUAAUGAUAGGCGAAAAAGGCGUAGACGCAGUCAUCAAAUUUUGGCAGAAUUUUACUAACAAAUAUUGCGUCUAAUCCUAAUCUACGAAACGAAAUAAAGAAAGUAAAUGAUCCUGUAAAUAAUAAAAUAAAAGAUUUGAAACAGAGUCUGUAGUUUGAAUAAACGCAUGAAUAAGAUGGGGCGAUAAAUGAAUAUUCAAGGUUACCUUGACUGUUCAUUUACACACCUUUACGUCAGACCUUAGUUGUUUUUUCGGAU